AUGCCGGACUUUGCAUCGCAGGAAUACUGGGACAAUCGCUUCCGCAAAGACAGCAAGCCCUUUGACUGGCUGGUUCCGGCAAAGGUCGUACACGAUAUCGCGAAAGAAGUCAUCGAUAAGACGCACGUGGAGCAGCCCCAGAUCUUGCAUAUUGGUUGUGGAACAGCGGAUUCCUUCGUGCUUCGAUCGUUGGUGCAGCACCCGAAGCAUGUCCUGAAUGUCGACUACUCCGAGCCCGCCAUCCAGGCCGCUUCGAAGCGUGAACAGGAACUUCUGGCUAGCGAGCAGGUCGAGAGUCUGUUACAGCCAGGCAAGCACGAUAGCGUCCAAGAUACGGAACUGCCGCCUCCGAUGAGAUAUUCGUGCAAGGACCUGCUCUCGCUGCAUUCUGCUCUGUCUCUUCUUCACACCCAACAAGACGACGGUGAGCUGUUCGAUCUAAUCCUGGACAAGAGCACUAGCGACAGUAUCGCAUGCGGCCAGAAUGUAUCGCUCAGCCUACCGUAUCCUCUGAGCAUCAACGGCUGGUCGCGACGAGUUUUGGGUAGUGGCACCACUCAGCUCAGAGACGUGCACCCUCUGCACGUCUUGGCGGUACAUCUGGCUGCGCUGACGAAGCCGGGCACCGGGCGAUGGAUUGUGAUCUCUUACUCCGAAGAGCGUUUCCCCUUCCUACCGCCAUUCCCAGCCACAGUCGGCAAUGGAAUGCUGUCGGACGAUGUCAUUCAAGCUGGCUUCACACACCCGCAUCAACUUUGGAAACUGGAGACAAAAGAGCCGAUCGAUCUCGAUGAGAUCAAUGAAACACUGGCGGAAAGGAAGAAGCGACUUUCUCUCGGCUACACUCAUCGACCGAAAGUCUCACAUUGGCUUUACAUUUUGAGGCGCACAGAUGCAAUGGUCAUUGAUUGA